AUGUUUACCCGUCCCAUGCAAGUCUUACGUUUCCUAUCUCUACAGAGUCGUUACCGGUUGUUUUCCUCGACAACUAGUCGUUUGAAUUUGAAACAGGAAGAGAAUUCUUUAACGAGUAAAACAGAACGAAAUGAUAUUCAACCGAGCGUACUGAAAUUACCUUCAUAUCUACCCGAACCUACAGGCGUCAAGUCAGCACUGUUUAACGAUUUCUACCUCAUCUAUCGACUUGGCUACCAGCGACCUUUACGAUACGUUCAAGUUUUGAAACUUACACAAACGAUUGCUACUGCUUGUAUCACUCCAUACCAAAUCUACAACUACAAUCAAGGUUUACUUACCUUACUCGAACUUCAAUUCUCCUUAUUUCUGCUCAGUCUCGCUUCAUUCAGUCUAUUCAUGUUCGGCUGGUUUGCCACACGAACUGUAUGUUAUAUCUACACAACUGUCGAAUGCGAUCGCGUGAUAUUAACUCAUAUCGAUUUCUGGGGUCGUCGUCGAAAUAUCGAAUUAGACACACGUGAUAUCGUUCCUAUCAAUGAUAUCGAAACACCAAACAAAACAGUUUUACUAUUGAAACGUUAUUCCACACCGGAGACAAUGUAUUAUUCAGUUCGCAUUGGUCAGAUACUUGACCGACCAAGAUUCAAUCGAAUCUUUGCGGGUAUUAUCACUCAAGAUACCAAGAGUUGGUGGUGA